AGAGCUUUCUGCUCGCUGUCUCUUCCCCUGCAUUGCCGCGGCAGAGAAACCAACAAGCCCUCUCUCAUGGCCAGGCCUCAGAAGCGGUACCGCGGCGUCCGGCAGAGGCACUGGGGUUCCUGGGUCUCCGAAAUCCGCCACCCUCUCCUGAAGACGAGGAUAUGGCUCGGCACGUUCGAGACGGCAGAGGACGCCGCCAGGGCGUACGAUGAAGCAGCAAGGCUGAUGUGCGGGGCGAGGGCGAGGACCAACUUUUCUUACGGUCCCAAUGGCUCCUUGCCAUCGAAUUGUCGGUACUUGUCGGCAGCUCUCACCGCGAAGCUGCACCGCUUCAACUUGCUGUCGCUUCAAGCCACGCAGCCUGUCGUCAAGGACGCACCGGGAAAGCCAGCUCUGCUGGUUAAUGGUGCUGCAGCUGAUAACAUGAGCUCGGUGUUUGUCGAUGAUAUGACGAAGGCGAGGACCGAGUUUGCAGGAGGGAAGAAGGAAGAGACCAACUGGGUUGUGAAGGAGAACGGCCAUGGGGAGGUGGAAUUCAGUUAUUUAGAGGAACGUCACAUAGAACAGAUGAUUGAAGAGCUGCUGGACUCUAACCUAUCUAUGGAGCUCUGCUCUCUGUAGUCAGUUCUGCAACUUCCUGUUGUUUCCUUCUCCUACUGAGAUGGGUGUUAAGUGGACAUCAGAGCUUGGCAUAGAGGGGGAAGAGUAUGACACUGAAACAUUCAGCCUUCUUUAGUUUAGUUAAUAUAAUAGAGAAAGGCAUAAGGAGAAAGGAGAUAUGUAUUGCCUUUAGACUAAUAUUUUAGCUGUGUCUCCUUAUAUGAUCUCAAUGUUUCUUUCACUCCUUUUC